AUGGCUUACCCCGGGCACCCCGGCCAUCCCGGGCACCCCGGCGCCGGCGGCGGGUACUACCCAGGCGGGUACGGAGGGGCCCCGGGAGGGCCUGCGUUUCCCGGACAGACGCAGGAUCCGCUGUAUGGUUACUUUGCUUCAGUAGCUGGACAGGAUGGACAGAUAGAUGCUGAUGAACUGCAGAGAUGCCUGACAGAGUCUGGCAUUGCUGGAGGCUACAAACCUUUUAACCUGGAGACUUGUCGGCUUAUGGUUUCAAUGCUGGAUAGAGAUCUGUCAGGCACGAUGGGUUUCAGUGAAUUUAAAGAACUCUGGUCUGUGCUGAAUGGCUGGAGACAACAUUUCAUCAGUUUUGACAGCGAUAGGAGUGGAACAGUGGAACCUCAAGAAUUGCAGAAGGCCCUCACAACAAUGGGAUUUCGGUUGAGUCCCCAGGCUGUGAAUUCAAUUGCAAAACGAUACAGCACCAAUGGAAAGAUCGCCUUCGAUGACUACAUCGCCUGCUGCGUCAAGCUGCGUGCUCUGACAGACAGCUUUCGAAGACGGGAUACUGCUCAGCAAGGUGUCGUGAAUUUCCCAUAUGAUGAUUUCAUUCAGUGUGUCAUGAGUAUUUAAACCAAGAGGACGCUGUGUGAACAUCACCGACAUUCCAGCUGGAGCUCUCUUGCUCUUCGCUUGCCUUCAGUAACGCAUGUAAACUUGCUUCGCCACUUUUCCUUAACAGCUGUUGUAAAGGUUUAUUACUUUAUGUACAUCUGAGGUUUUUGUUUUCAGUUUAGAUAAUAAAUUCUUUGGAAUUUUAUUAAUAUAAGAUCAGUUCCAUUACACUGUUUAGAAGUUCCUUGAGCCAUUUGUCAUACGCCUUUUCUUCUUGCUAAACCUGUUUUUAUGUGAACUUUUAAGUGUGCAAAAAUGUCUAAGGCACAUUAUAUACUUUUCACUGUAGGAUACUAAAACCAUGAUGCAGUUGUUGCUAUUCAUCUCCUAGAAGGGCUUUUGCAUGGUCUUGAGAGCUUUAUGUGUGCAGUAUCUUAUCGUGUAAAAUGUUUUAUACCUACUUGGAUGCAAAAAAACCCGUGGUAAUCCAUGUCAGGGUUCACCUUAGUGGAAACUUAGUGCAGCUUUAAGGCUUACAGAUGUUUUGAUGGCCAUAUGAAUGGACGGGAACAGGAGUGAUUAUUCUCUGUCUCUCGAAAACCUAUUAAAUAAUUUGAGUGGCAAAUACUGUCUGUCACCGAGAUCUUCAUCAUCAUCCACGUAGACCUUUGUUAACCAGACUUAAAAACCUUGUACUUUAUGAGCUUAACUAUGUAUAAAAGAAAAAUAACAGAAAAAGACUAAGGGAAUAUACGAAAAUUUUAACUAUAAUUAUUUUGGCUAAUAGAGUUCUAGGUGAUUUAACUUACUUUAUGUGUUUCAGUAUUUUCCAAGUUUUCUAUAAUGUGUGUGCUUUCCUUUUAAAAUCUGAUGUUAAUUUUUUAAAUAUUGAUACUUUCAUUUUGAUAUGCCAUGUGUUCACACUUACAUUAAAAAAUAUACGCAGCAAAAAGAUCUGGAAAUUGUGUACCAGAAUGUUGAUGUGACUGCCACUGGGUGUCAGGAUCAUGAGUUCAUUUUCUUCCUUCCUACUACUUUUCCAAAUGUUCUUUGAUAAGCAAGUAUUACAUUUAUAGUGGAGGGCUUUUUAGAAAAAUUUUGAACCGUGUGCUUUUUUAAGUAAGAUCUGGAUUCUAAUGCUGGCUGUGCCUCUUACUAUAUAGGGUGCCCCCCCCAAA